AUUUGCAUUCAAAAGUCUAUCAAAAUCACGAAGUGUUGUAAAUACGUAGCAUCGCAGUGAUAAACCAAGAGAACUGAAAUUUAGUCAAUUUUUUCUAUAUCCUACUAUUUUUAAUCAUAGCAUUUGUAGUCAAUAUAAAAUCAUUCACAUAUUCCUAAGUGAUUUUGCCUUCAAUAAUUAGCACAUAGGGCCAAAUAUGCGUAAAACAUGGGUCAAACGGGACAACAUCUAUUACAAGCCCUUCUACAAGCAAAAGCUAAAAAUGACCUUGCUGGGAGUUCUGCUGAUGGCCAUUGUCUUUUUCGGCUACCAGAUCUUUUACAUCAGUCAGUUGCAAACGGAUUCGUGGACGGGUGCGCUCGUCCGGAAAGAAGCUGCCCCAAAUCAGGCUAAUAAUGAUCAUCGUGUUAAUUCGAUAGGGAAGGAGGAGGCAGCCAAAGUCGCAGCAGAACCGAUAGAUGAUGCAGGGAACAACAAGGUGCGGGAUGAAGGCGGAGGAAGAGCAGCGACUGGCGGUAAUGUCAGCAGCAGUAGCAUUACUGGACUUGGCGGUGCUUUCGAAGACAGUCGCUACGUUUAUGUUGAAAAAAUCGGGAAUUACGAAAAGAAGAUUUUAAGGGGCAUACGAUUGCGUGAUAUCGAUGCAUAUUCGGAUCGUACCGCCGUAGUAUUCCGUUGUUUGAAUGGAAACCGCGAAAUAAGUUGGAGCAGAAUCAACGAUGAUUAUUGCGACUGUCCCGAAGAUGGAAGCGACGAACCAGGAACUAAUGCUUGCGAGAAAGGUCGUUUCUAUUGCCGCUUCCAGAAACGCCAUCAAACCGGUCGUGGUGGAUACGCAUCAGUUCCCAGUUCGUGGGUUAACGAUGGCGUUUGCGACUGUUGCGACGGCUCCGAUGAGUGGCUUCGAAGCGAUCGCAACUGUCGAAACACCUGCAAGGAGAAGUUCUCCCACUAAAUUAACAGUGAACUGUUGAUAUUCCUAAUGCCACUCUACUGAAUCAAAGCUGGGAUUGUAUAUUUUCGGAAUGAUACGAUGCUUGUUACGUGUGAUUGGGGAUGAAUUAUGUACGUAUGUUGAGAAUAAAUUAUUCUAGUUUAUAGCA